AUGGCUUCCAGAUACCGUGACGACUCCAAUCGGAGCAGAUCGCCGUCACCGCCCUUUCAAGAUACACCAACAACAUUGUUAUCGCAGUCUCAACACUUACCCCCAACACCAGGACGGAAGGUCACAUGUCCUCACAGCCAGCUUCAAAACAGAAAGCCAAGGAGAUGGCCGCUCGUGCUCCGCUUCAUCAAGGGCGCGAUCCACAGAGACAUUGCCCUCUCCGUCUUCUGCCACGCGCUAUUCACCACAAUAAUCGUUGUCCUGCAUGUCCGUCUGCAGCACAACUUCGGCCUCCCAUCGAGCGUGGUCUCGUCGCUCUCGAUUGUGGUCGGUCUGAUGCUUGUCUUCCGCAAUCAGACGGCCUAUCAGCGCUUCUGGGACGGCCGGAACAACUUCGCCACCGUCAUUACCUCGGUGCGGAACCUUAUGCGGUCCUUUCUCGCCUGCUCGGGCGGGCCUGGGGGCAACAAUGCCGCGCAGCUGUCUCAGACUGAUCGUGUCGAUGUCGAACGGACGGCUCGCAUUCUUAUGGCCGUGCCUGACAGUAUCAAGAACACCCUCAGAGCCGAGUGGGGCGCCCUCAACACCGCGGCAGACCAGUACGGCCAUGGCCUGCUCCCCCAGGGACUGCGUGGACACGAGGACGAGGGGCUGACGAUGCCGGUGCAACUAAUGUUCCUAGUUGAGGCGUUUAUUGCCCGUGGUCAUGCCAAGGGCUGGUUCCACGCCCCGCAGGCCUCGCAGCUGACGGUGCAGGUCAACACAUUGGUCGAUGCAUUUGGCAAGAUGGAGACCAUCCGACUCACUCAGUUUCCUGUGGCCAUCCUGAUACAUCAGCGGCAGGUUCUGGCGCUGUUUGGGUGUGUGUUGCCGUUUGCUGUGGUGGAUGAGAGCCACUGGUGGUCGGUGCCGAUUGUUUCUCUGAUCAUGUUCACCUUAUAUGGCAUUGAGGCAAUUGCCUGCCAGCUUGAGGACCCUUUUGGGUACGAUCGGAAUGAUAUUAAAAUGGAUGUUAUCGUCGAAGACGUUCGCGUUGAGUUGGGAGUGAUGCUCGACGAAUGGAGAUCCACAGUCGCCGGGCCUGUCAAGAAGGCCAUGUUUUUGGAUGAUGUUUAG